GUUUAGGUGACCUUUGGGAUUGCCAUGAUUCCAAAUAUUCUGGCUUCAAUUUAUUUGCCAAAAAGUUCACCAAAGAUCACUUGAUUUUUCAUCCAAUCAAGAAACUUGAUUAUCGCUUAAUCCAUGUAAAAAGAAUUCAAGAUAGACUUUCAGCUAUCAAAUCUAAGGGCGCAAUGUCUAUUGAAUUAUUAUCUGGUAUUAUCGAAGUAGAAGGGUCUGAUGGAUAUACU